AUGGCGUCCUCCAACCGCCUAAAAGACCUGCUGCAACUGCAACUUGCUUCAGACGCUUACGCUGUGCUGCAUCUACCCUUCGUGCUGGAGUCUCUGUCCAAGGAAGAUUUCCAGCCAUCUGCACACACCCAGAAGUGGAUCGCCCGCGUCAACUCCCUCAUCCACUCAAAAGAUCCCGGAGCAAGAUGGAGUGGUCUCUGUCUUGCCUUCCAGACGGCGGUAUUUUCUAGGAGUAUCAUGCUGGAAUGCGCACAGAACUGGGUUGCCGCGGCUAUGCCCCUUCUCGUGAAUCAGCCUGUACCUACCACAAAAGCAGCUAUACGGCUAUUGAGAUUAGUCUUCUCGUGUGCAAUGGACGUCCCGGAAUUCCAGCGCCAACUAUGCGUGCCCAAUAUCCCGAAGUUUGGCAGCGCACUCAUCACCAUUGCUGAGAAAGGAGCGAACCCUGAAGUCGAUAUCCUCGUCCUGGACACCCUUGCUCACAUAGUGUCCCUCUACCCUUCGCUUUGCCGUCCCCUGCAAACCGCACUAUCCAACGUCGCAUUGUCUCAUCUGAAUGGCUCUGCACCGAAUCCGACGCCUGUCGCUAUGGUUGAAGCAUCCUCGCGGCUGUACUCUGUGCUCCCGCUCACGGGCGGAAAAGUAGGCGCGGCGGCAUUGUGGCGCAAGUCGCUGGACGAUACGGUGGCCUUUGCCUGGGGUGCAUUCCUACAGUUGAGAACUACAUAUCCCAGCCAAGCCCAUGCCGCCUUUGCUAAACCAGGUUCUUCGACCGAGGAUCCCCUCAUCGGCGUGCCGUUGGCACUAGACCGCCUCAGAGCAGGUGUACAUAUCAUUGGAGACCUCCUACGAGCCUCUACCUCAAGGCCUGUCUCAAUACCUACCGGAUCGCUAGUGCGGCUUUGCCUGGCACUCUUGCAAGUUCACCAGGACGACAAAAACGAUCCCCUUGUGGAUCCUAUCGCGCGCUCGCUCGAGGAUUCCAUCGUGCCCACUCUGUGGACACUUGCUUGUGAUAUACUGGUUCCUCUGUCCCAAGCUUGCCAGCACCAUUUCGCGCCGCACUUGCCAGCAGUGUUGUCUUACCUCUCAUAUCACCUUGAACAACCCCAGUCACCAGCCCACGUUGUACGCUUCCUUCGUGCUACCCUGUCCUUGUUGGAGGGUGGUUGUCAGUUACAUGACACGACCCUAUCCUCCCGCCUCACUCGGGCCACCUUGCCUCUUCUCACGGUCGUUCUGUCGAAACGCUCAGAAGUCGACGGGGAGAGCGGCACCCAGGCGGCGGCGGCGCAUGGGGGCAGCAAGAAGGGUAAGAAACGGGCACGAGGGUACGAGGGCGAUGAGGUGUUCAAGGUAGGCCGGGAAAUCGUCUGCCCCACCUCCGAACAGGGCGAGAUCUUGCUCUUUGCCGUUGAUGUUCUCGAGGCCCUUCUGCUGCGAACGCAAGUCAACCCGCCCGUCCGCUCGCUCGCUUCCCGGCUACUGCUCUCGAUCUACGCCUCUCUACCUCUUUUGCCACCUGCCAUCCUGUCACCGGACUUGUCCCUGCACCCGCGGCUGUAUUCGAAAUUGCAGCUCGCAUGCACGCACCUCGCGAUCGGUACGACCAGCACCAUGGGCAAGGCGCUGGGCCUCAUCCUGAGCGUGUCUGACGGCACGCUCGGCGACAACGGGACUGCUGCCGUCCCGACCGAAAUCGACCUGCUGCUGCACCCGCGCGUCCCACCCUUGGUACGAUCGCUCCCGCACGUCGAGAUGCUGUCGCUCUUCCGUGCCGAAGAGAGCCAGGAGGAGGCGGACGCCCGGGCAAAUAUCGGGGUCGGAGCCGCGGGAGCACGGGUUCCUGGGCAGCCCACGGACGUCGCCGAGGAGGUGUACACGCCGACAGCGACAGUCGACGAUCGGACGUCGCUUCCGCCCACGCCCUCGUACCGGCGGGUCGUAGAAACCGCCGAGCCGCCGCUGGCGCGUGGGGGCCCGACGGCGAUGCAGGUCGAUGCUGCCCCGCGCAUCGCGAGUGUAAAGGUUGCCGAGCCUUCCAUUCCGCCUCCCACGCCCGCCGCCGGCACACAGACACAGACUGCGCUGCCCCCUCCGCCGUUCUCGUCGCAGAAGCAGCAGCCCCCGCCGACCUCUCUGCCGCCGCCACCCGAUCCAUUGCCCGCGAGCGGUGCUGCGCUGGGCGCACGAUCGCCCGCGGCUGCGUCCGCCGCUCCCGUAACGCAUGCAUCUAUGCCGGCAGGGGAGGAGGACGAGGACGAGCCUAUGCCGACGAUCGAUCUUGGGUCUGAUUCGGACUCCGAGUAG